AUGAGCUUCAGCCCGUGGGCCAUCCUGGCCAUCGUCCUGACCGCCGUCGCCGUCUGCGGCCUCCUCCUCCUCCAUCGUUGGCGCAUCCGCGUCGACAGGCGCCAGCAACCUCCCGCCGCCAACAACAACGAAAAGACACCCGCCGACCAGCAGCAGCCCGCCCAGCCGCCCAGCGACCUCGGAGAGUCCGGACACGGUCCCGGCCCAGGCCCAAACGCGGUGCCGGAGCCGACGCCGAGCAGACCGAGCGGCGUCAGCAGCACCGCCGACAACGCCGACAAGGCGAGUCGCGGCGGCUCGACCCUUGUGGAUGAGAGGCACCCCACUUCAUGA